AUGGCUUAUCAGGCGUCUCCCACCUCUCCAUCCUUUGCAGCUGCUCGCAGAGCAUCCGCAAAAAGCCCUAACGAGCGUCGUGGCUCUGAUCGUGAGCGUCGUUUCUCAGAGCGGAAAGGCUCCGGUACCGGAUCACCUCUUUCUUCACGUCGUCCUUCUAUCGAGCCAUGGCGUUUGGUCCCAAUGGACAAAACCAUGCACAUCGCUGGAAGCAAUGACUUCAACGUUCUUUUCAUUGGUGCGGGAAACAUUAUGUUCGGUUCGCCGGAGGGUCCCUGGAACCACUCCUUCAGGCUCGAACACAAACUCGGACCUCGUCUGAAGGUUGUUGCAAUAAUCGACCCUGCCAUUGAGCGCGCUACUGCAGUGAUUCAAAAGAAAUGUAACUCCUUCGUCGUUUCGGCAUAUCAGAAUACCCGUGUCUGCAGGACACUCGAUGAUUUCGUGAAGAACAUGACCUCAAGAGACAGACCUCGUGCUGUUGUCAUUGGUAGUCCACCAAUGUUCCGGGGUACCCUUCAGCCUGGCCGUGACAUAGAGAUGCAAAUCAUGAAGCACUUCCCUGGUGUGGCUCUGUUCAUCGAAAAACCGAUUGCUACCGGCCCUCAACAUGAGAUUAGCGAUGCUCUCGCCAUCUCAAAACAGAUUGAAAAAACCAAUACAAUUUGUUCCAUAGGCUAUAUGCUUCGUUAUCUGAAAGCAGUCCAAAUGAUAAAGCAUACUAUUGACGAAAAUAACCUCACUGUCAUGGCUACCAUUGCUCGUUAUGCCUGUGCUUACGAGUCCAUCGCUAAGCCCGACUGGUGGGACAAAUCGAAAAGUGCUGGCCCAGUCAUUGAACAAGGCACACAUUUCUGUGAUCUUUCUCGAUACUUUGGGGGGGAUGUAGAUAUGUCCACUGUCGUGGGACACUCCCUGGAGUUUGACGAAGAAGCGGGCCAUCUUUCUAAAAUGCAGGUUGACGAGGGCAAGAUUGCACCAGAAAACCGCAUUUCUCGUAUCACCAGUGCUACAUGGAAGUACGAGAACGGGGCCAUCGGCAGUUUCACACAUUGCGUCGCUUUGCAAGGCACGAACUACAGCUGUGAAUUGGAGGUUUAUGCAGAUGGAUAUUGCUUCAAACUCGUUGAUCCAUAUGUCCAGCCAAUUCUCUAUAUGCGCGCGCCCGGUGAAGACACUGAGAAAGUCCUUCGAUUCCCCGACGACGAUCCCUUCUUUUCUGAAAUAUCCAACUUUAUCGAUAUCAUUGAAGAUAUAGAGGAGGAUCCUGAAGCUGCAGCAAUCCUCUCUAGUUAUGAAGAUGCGUGUCGCUCGUACCAACUCACUUGGGCGAUUAGAGACGCUGCGGAACGUUCUCGUGCGGAAAGACUUGCCAGGAGCGACGAGGUCAAGCCAAAGACACUUUGA